AGAAGAAUAUAAUACACCACAAGUCCACAACUUUAAGGAAACACAAAAGGCAAGCAAGUCAAGGCAUGAAGAGUUGAGGUCGAGGAGAGAGAAGUUAAAGAGACAUAAAAACCAGAAACUUCAUCCCUCAGCAUCGUAACUUCCUUCUUUGUCUUUGUCUCUGUCUCCCUCUCUCUUCAUCCCACACUACUACAACUUCUUCUUCUUCUUCAACCGCCGUUUUCUGCAAUUUCUCAUACAAUUUGUAAAAAAAAAGAGGAGAGAGAAAGAUGAGUUUUGCUGAUUUAGAGGCAGGUAGACCUUUACCUUCCUUAAGAAGAAACCAACAAUUACAACAACAAGACCCUUCUCAAGCCGUAGCUUCUGGAAUCUUCCAGAUUAACACCGCUGUUUCUACUUUUCAACGCCUCGUUAAUACUCUCGGCACUCCUAAAGAUACCCUUGAUCUUCGUGAUCGAUUGCAUAAGACGAGGUUACAUAUUGGGCAGUUAGUCAAAGAAACCUCAGCAAAGCUUAAGGAAGCUAGUGAAACUGAUCUGCGCUUUGAAGUCAGUGCUAGCAAGAAAAUUGCUGAUGCUAAACUUGCUAGAGAUUUCCAGACAGUUCUUAAAGAAUUCCAGAAAGCACAACGACUUGCAGCACAGAGAGAAACUGCAUAUUCACCUUUUGUUCCAAAAGAAGCUGUAUCUUCUGAGUCUACUGGAAAUAAUGAGGAGAUAAGCUCAUUUCAAAGGCAGGAACAGCAGACCCUUCUCUUAGAGUCUAGAAGACAGGAGGUAGUGCUUCUGGAUAGCGAGCUUGUUUUUAAUGAGGCUGUUAUAGAAGAGAGAGAGCAUGGUAUUCAGGAAAUCCAACAGCAGAUUGGUGAAGUGAACGAGAUUUUUAAAGAUCUAGCAGUGCUAGUUCAUGAUCAGGGAGGUUUGAUUGAUGAUAUUAGUUCGAACAUUGAAAAUUCCCAUGCUGCAACUACACAAGCAACUUCCCAACUUUCCAAAGCUUCGAAGUACCAGAAAUCUAGCUCUUCUUUGGUCUGAUGAUUACUGCAGGUUUGUUUGCUUUUGGUGAUCUUUGGGAUCAUCCUGCUCAUUGUGAUCAUAAUUGUUGUGUUUUGAAGAGGAAAUCGAGUGAAUUCCGAGCAACCAAGCUUGAUCCCUGCACCAUGUCCUUCAACAAGGGUGUUCAAGAAGGGUCAGAGUAAUUUAGGUUGUUGUGUGUCUAUCUAUGGUAAAUAAACGUUUGAUUACAUGUACAGUCUUCUGAUUUACUGUUUAGUCUAUAUUCCGACUUGUGUCAAAGGAAAUUAUAACUCAAUAAUAUGUACAAAAUCGAUAGUAUUUAUUGUUUUUUUA